AUGGCCGCCACCGCUGGGCGCAAAAAGUCUAUCAUCUCCACAGCUGGUCUCCCUACCGAUGCCCCCGUUGCCCAUAACACCCUUCUCAACAAGCCCGCCUCAGUUUCGCUUUACCAACGAUGUUCGGCCCUUCGAGCCAGGCUGAUGCAAGUGCGCGGCUUCGGUUACUACUUUUCCCUCGCCUCCCCCGACAACCGCCAGUCGACCGACCCCGUCACCCAGCUAUGGGACCUCUUCUCACUCGGCAUUCCCCUCUGUUACAUUUUCGAUCAACUUCCCGAGGACGGCGGUUUCAAUAAAAUCAACCACUCCGACUUCAACCAAGAGCAGUAUGAAGCCAACCCAGACCGCGCCCAGAAGCAUGCUAUCGCCCUCUUCGCCAUGCAGAUCCGUUCAGACAAGGUCGCAUCAAACAUUCCCGGAUGUGAACUCUUCACAGUCACUGACCUCUGGAAUCGUGAUUCGACCGAUGGCCUCGUCAAGGUCGUCGAGACCGUGGCUGCUAUCGUCAAACAUUUGCCACCAGAGGCGUUUGAGACGUCUCCACCUUCUCCCGCUCUCCUAGCGUCACAAGAUUCAUAUGCUGGCGAGCAAGUACCCGCUCCGCCAGCCAAUGCUAAACAAACCGCUCGCAUCAAUGUCCUUCGUGAGAUGGUCGAUACGGAGCGAAAAUACGUACAAGACCUCGAAGUGAUGCAGAAAUAUGCCGCUGCAUUAUCCCAGAGUAACCUGAUUGACCAAGACACCAUCCAUCUCCUGUUCCCCAAUCUCAACAAGUUGCUUAACUUCCAACGCAAGUUCCUCAUCAAGUUAGAAGGAAUCGCCGAACUCUCGUGGCCAGACCAGCGAUGGGGCCAACCUUUCGUGCAGACCGAGGAAGAGUUUAUGUGCUAUGAACCUUAUGCCGCGAACUACACAAACGCCGCCGACCUUGUCUCUGCGAAUGAACAGACCCUCGCUGCGCUCAACCACCUUAUCAAUGUCAAAGGCCUUGAUGCCUUCCUCAUCAAGCCUAUUCAGCGUAUCUGCAAGUAUCCUCUCUUGUUCGACUCUCUCAUCAAAGCUACAUCCGCCGCCGAAUAUGCCUACUUUGACGAAUUGGAGGCAGGGUCGCAAGCUGUUAAACGAAUAGCCGACAAAAUCAACGAAGCGCGACGUCGUGCCGAGAAUGAACAGACCGUCAAGUCUCUUCAAUCCCGCGUUGACGAUUGGAAAGGCCAUCAUUUGGAAAACUUCGGCGAACUUCUACUUGAUGAUCUAUUCGUGGUGACCAAAUCCGACAUCGACCGGGAGUAUCAUGUUUUCCUCUUCGAAAAGAUCAUUCUUUGUUGCAAGGAGGCUCUCGCGGCUCCUCCAGGCAAGAAGGUCAGCAAGAGCAACUCGAUACUGAAGAAGCAGUCGGCCCCUCCCACCCUUUCUCUCCCCGGUGGUGUUGGACAACCCCAGCGACGAAAUACUCCUCUUCUUCUCAAGGGUCGAAUCUUCCUUGGCAACGUAACUCAGGCUGUCCCAGUGUCGCCCAGAACCUCUACCGCUUCAGGCAUUCCAACCCACUAUCCUCUUGCAGUGUGGUGGAAAGGCGAUGACGAUCUUGAGUUCUUUACUCUCCGCUGUCGCACUGAAGAUCAGAGGCGACAAUGGGAAACCCAAAUCAACCGGCUCAUUCGUGAGUCUGCUCAGCGUCGGGCUUCUGAGCGUGGUAUGUCGAAGAUUGCCAACAGCACCAAUCCGCGUCAGCCUUCGUUGUUUGCCACCGCUUCCCAGACAUCAGGCUAUAUGUCUCAGGCCAACUAUUCUACUCGUAGCCGCGGCGACAGCGUUUACAACCAAGCUCCACCAGCUGGCAAUAACUUCUAUGGUGGACCCCAAGGGUAUCCACCAUCGGACAACUUUGGCUUUGAUCCUGAUGAAGAUGACCUUGAAGACUACCCACCUUCGAAUUAUCCCCCAUCCGGACGAGGAACCCCUAUGGGUAAUCGCCGCAUGAACGCACAGAGUCUGCCUCCUGAACACGACGCUAUUCCAGGCUACGACCGACCACGUGCUGUCACAGAAGACACGAAUGGUCCAGUUAUGGCCCAAUGGCGCAACAAUAACCUCCCUCCCUCUGCCGCAGCCACCGUUCGUUCGCGGCAGAAUCGUAUCAAUUCAAGUGCAUCCAGCUAUAGUCCAUCUGAGAAUGGCAGUAUUGGAGCAGGCCAACGUCCCCGUCCCCCUCUUCGCAGUCAAUUCAGCUCCACAAGACUUGGCUCUGACUUCCGUACUCCCGGUUUACCGCCAGCGCCAUCACCUGCCCCAUCAUCAGCUCUUCCUCCGGCUCCCGCACCCAUUAUGAGUAGGUCACGGAGUGCAAGUCAACCUCAAGCAUAUGUUCCUCGCGCCGUACCCCCACCACUUCCAGUUAACAACAACAACAGCAAUCAAUGGAAUAGUUCGAACAGGCGAGAGAGUGGUUCUAGUCAAUCGACCGGCGACAACAGCUCUGAUUAUUCGCACUCGCCUAACAGUUCUUCACCAAUCACUCCAUUCGACUCGAGUGAAUCUUCGUUGACUGGCUCGUCUAUGCACAACGGAGCUGGCAGUCACUCACCGUACCCACCUGUCAAGAUCAAAGUCUAUUUCCACCAGGACAUCUUCGUCAUUCAGGUCCCUAGAAUGACCGAAUAUGAAGACCUCGUUGAGAAAGUGGGACGGAAAAUCCGGUUAUGUGGCCCUCGUCGUGACGAUGGCCCACUCCGGGUCAAAUAUCGAGAUGAAGAUGGUGACAUGGUCUCAUUAGGCUCAACAGAGGACGUGCAAAUGGCUUUUGAGCACUAUCGUCCUGGUGGACAGGUUACGCUCUACGUCACAUGA